AUGGCGACGGGAUCUGUGGAUCUGGAGGAGGUCCCGUCGGUGGAUCUGAUGACGGAGCUCCUCCGCCGAAUGAAGUGCGCCACGAAGCCCGAUAAGCGCCUCAUCCUCAUUGGUACCGAUCUUCCUGAUUCAGAGAGUUUCUCUGCUGCGUGUGUAUGCGUUUGCUCUUGGGGAUCUUACUAGGGUUUGUUUUGGGAGGUUUUGGCUUCCCCGUGGUAGUUCUGGAGAAGUUUGUGAUUUAUAAUUUGGUUAUUUAAAUGUUUUCUGUAACUUCAUUCUCCAUUUCUCUGAAUGUAUAUAUCCGCGGAGGGUUUUUGCUUCCGUUGAUGUAGUUCGUCUUAUAAUUCUCCGUUUGCUUAGGCUUUACAAUUUAUAUCCUAAAUGGUUUACUUUGUGGAAAGGAGGAAAUGAUUGAAUAUGAUAAGUCCUGUAAAAAUGCGUGUUUUUUGUUUAUUCGGUUGAAUUGGCUAAAAUUUUACACGACUUUUGUCGAUUUCGUUGUAAAAAUAAAAAUUUAUGAAUAGGAUUUUCUUACUCCUGCUUUUUUUUCCGAUUUCUUUACUGUCGACCACCUAGUAAGAAGAAAAUCAAUGCAGUCGUGCGACUCGGCCAAAUAGUGCUCUAUGGUUUGAUGGUUUUUGCUGACUCGGUCAAGCAUUCUUUUUUCUUUGUUCAAUUCCGUCUCACCAACCCACGGAAGUGUUGUGAGUAUCGUUGAAUUUUUCCACCUUUUUUAUUUUAUAGGUACAUUUGAAUUUUUCCCUAAGUAAUAUACUGCCAAUAGGAAGACAGAUGACAUUGAUAAACAGAAGAGAGAUUUCAACUCGUUUAUUUGGGCUCCAUAUUAGUGUAUCUCUAAUACAUAAGUGCCAUUUCACGGUUUCCUUAUAUCAUUUAAUGAUGAUGACAUUUCUGUGCAUUAAUUUAAUCGAGAAACUUAGAUUCAAUGUCAUUAAUGUGAAUUCGUUGCCCGACCUUUGAAUGCCACUUUUAAUUUUCCAAUUUCUGAUGCAUCACCAAUCAUGUCGAAGUCAGCUAAGAUUUAUGGUGAUUCUAUGCGCUCUUUAAGCUGCGCACAUCGUUUGGAUAUUUAUACCACUCCCCUACUCACAAAUAUCUUGAAUGAAAGAUCCCUCUCCCGAGCAAAUAACGUUGAUGUGAGAGUUGUAAAUGGGAACCCAUUAUAGUUCGGGCAGAGAUAUGUAAGAUAUACUGAUAUUCUUGAAUCUCAAAAAAAAGAUUAUUUUCCCCUAAUUUCUCCUAGAAAAAUUUCUUCUCGUUAUAUUCGUUUUGAAGAGCAAACUCUACUACUGAUCUACUACUGAAAACAAGGAUUUCUGCCGUAGUGUUUGCCAAAUUUAAUGGCCUUGUACCACUGUCAGUAACAGUAGCCUUGUGACCUGUUAGUCAUCUUUUUCGAGCAUGGUGUGUUCCUUGUUCAAGAACGAUUUUCUUUGGAUUCGUUUUUGCUAGCAGCUUUCUUCUUGCAUUUUGUUGGCCUCUCUCCCUUGAACUGACCCUUGUGUCUCAGAGGGUGAAGUUGUCUGGCCUUCAUUUUCUAUCAUUUAUGUAUUCUACUUUAUUAGUUCUGAUGCUGGAAGUCUCCGUUUAAAAACAAUCAUUAUUGAGUUAAAUCUUUCUAUGAUUUUUCUUUUUUAUUUGUGAACUACCGAGUUUCAUAUUUUUUUUGUUUUUCUGAUUAGCCUUAAACCUAUGUUACUCAGACUCGUGAUUGAUUUCAGACUACGGAGCAAGAUGAAUAUCACUCUUUGAUAUUUUUCAUUUCUUAUUCAUUCUCAGGGACCAUGCCACUCACUUGUGCCAGAUUUCCUACUUUUUUAAAUAUUGAGUGAAUUAUGAAAACACAUCUGUUAAUGUCCAAUCUAGAGUUGUAAGUUUGUGUGAAAGCUCUGAUCGCAGUUCAUUUUUAAAAUUGGUCAAUAUUUUAUUUUUAUUUCAUUUAUUUUGAAUCCAUGCGAAAUGUGGUGCAUUUAGGUCCACCUGGAUCUGGAAAAGGAACGCAAUCACCCAUUAUUAAGGACGAAUAUUGCUUGUGUCAUUUGGCCACUGGUGACAUGCUGAGAGCUGCUGUUUCUGCAAAAACUCCACUGGGUAUUAAGGCAAAGGAAGCCAUGGAUAAGGUUCUGAUCUCCGAAAAUUCCCCGACAUAAUAGUGGCCUGCUAUCUGAUUUGUUUAUGUGACAUAAUCUGAUUUGUUUCAUUGGUUGCAUAACCCUUUUAGGGAGAACUUGUAUCUGAUGACUUGGUUGUUGGGAUAAUCGAUGAAGCAAUGAAGAAAACCUCCUGCCAAAAGGGCUUCAUACUUGAUGGGUUUCCUAGGACUGUUGUUCAAGCACAAAAGGUUCGCAGUUGAAAAUACAAUAGCGUGUGCUCUGAUAAAUGUUCUUGGACAACUGCUCUUCUAAGAAUCACUUUUUGCAGCUUGAUGAGAUGUUGGACAAACAAGGUACCAAAAUAGACAAGGUGCUGAAUUUUGCAAUUGACGAUGCAAUCUUGGAAGAGAGAAUUACAGGUCGUUGGAUUCACCCUUCUAGUGGAAGAACAUACCAUUCGAAAUUCGCACCUCCAAAGGUUCCUGGAAUUGAUGAUGUAAGCUCUCAAGGGUUGUAUUUUCUGAGCCUAGGGAUUAAAACUGUUAUUUUCAAUUGACCUUGUUUUAAAGUUUGGCUAUUAUGUUCAUCAACCUGCUGCGUUACAUGAUUUCAUGAUAUUUUUUUCCGAAAUCUCACAGCUUCGAUCAGAAUUAUGAGUUUGAAAAUGGAUUGCGCUUGUUAUAAACCUGUUGUUUAAUGAUCUGAAAUGUCAUUUGAUUCUACGAAAUGAUCCUGCAGUAGACAUGUGCCUGGAACUUUGAAUACUUCCCUUCUUAUUGUUGAUAUUAUCAGUCCCUAUUUGGACUAUUUUGUGGCUUGUCUAUGAUCUAAGAUAUUGUUUCUCCAUCCCCCCCUAGAGUCGCUUAUUUUAUUGCCUUCAAGUCAACUCACGCAAGCUAGGUCAAUAUGACCACAGAUUCGUUUCAAAUUCCAUGUGUGAUAUCUUUUGAUAAUUCUUUUGUCGGUGUCAUGUGUUUCAUUAUCCUAAAUGGAGUACAAUUUUGAAUAAGGCUUCAAAUUAUGAUUUUUCAGUGACAAUUUGUGCUUGCGUGAAUGAAAUGGAAGAAAGAUCUUCAUUCAUUUUUAAUAUUAAUACAUAAAGAAUGACAUCCUUUUAAAGCACAUGGAUAAGUAUGCAUUAAAAGAGGUGGAACAGAAAAGUGUGAAAGACUAGGCUAGAUACUAGGAUGUAAGAUGUAAAGGUUGCUACUUGAACUCUUGCAGAAACUGAUGCUCCUGCUACUGCCAGGUGGAUAACUGAGGUGUAUUGGAUUGUCUUCAUUAUUUCUGUGAAGGAAGUCCGAAAAACUUUCUUUGGAGAUUUUCGGAAAAUUAAGGUUGCUUAAAAAUAAAAUACUGAUUAAGGUCAAUAAAUAUAUAGACAAAAAAAGUUACUAUAAGCCACAGAUUUGGUUACUGAAAAUUUGAAAAGCCCCAGGAACUUAGGGAAUCUGAUAUAGUCAUAUUUCUCAUGCUUUCUACAGAUCAGCCUCUAAGAUAUUGCUCCAUCAUACCAAGGAAAAGAAAGAGGAUCUCUAAAUAUUUGCCAUUGGACGGGCAGAUUUGCUUCUUUAUUUAGAGUGUUUGCACUUGAGUUACACUCAACGAUGUCACACAGUUGAUUUUUGAGGGAAUAGAAGUUUGGAUACCCUCAGGAAUCUAUUUUGGUUGUGGAGCCCUAAUGUCAAGGUCCUCUCUAAAGCCGUCUUAGUCAUGCGCACACAUACCUGCCUUAGGGCUGUUACCUCGGCAAGAAAUACUGUAAACUUGUCAUGCCCUAGUUGUUUGCUAAAUGACAACGGUGGUUCAAUUAUUUGAUGUGUCACAAGGUUUUUGAGUAAAUUUUUUCUUCUUAUUAUGUUGAAUGAGGAGUGCGACUCUUGAACUUGUGGAGCAUUUCUAAAUGGCAUUUGUUUUCAACCAAAGAUGUUUCAUGAGCGGUAUCUAUUCUUACUACCAUCGGAUAUGCUGGUUUUUCUUCAAAAUUCCAGGUGUAGCAAUUUUCUUGUCUAAUCCUCUGUAUUUUAAUUUUUUUUCCUUGGCACAAUAUGCUGGUUUUGGCUCCAUCAGAACUUCAAAAUCCUAAUUUCUUCCAUUAUAUUCUGAUGAACGUUUAAAUCCUUUUCGACUUUCAUUAAUGACAGGUCUCAGGGGAUCCAUUGAUUCAACGAAAAGAUGACACAGCGGCAGUUCUCAAAUCCAGGCUCGAAGCUUUCCACCGACAAACCGAACCUGUAUGUUUGCUUUAUUUUUCAUAUUUUUCAUCGCAUAGCAAGUUUUUGGGAUUUUGUGGGGAGAUUAUGCUCGAAUAAUUUUGCAUGAUUUUGCUGAUUUUUCGUGCCUACCAAUUGAUUUCACAAUUAGUGGAAAAUACUUGUAUUAUUAUUAUAUCUGCCAGGAGAAGUUUAUACUGCUGAUGGUCAAUUCUCAGUACCAUUCUUUAUAUAAUGGGCAUGAAUUGUCCCGAAUUCUUUGGUUAUCUGAGAUUUUCCUCUUAAGCGUGGAGAGAUCUCAGGGAGGGUUCUAAAAGAAUUGGCCAUCAAAAUGGGCAUUUCGAAUUUUUUUCAUAUAUAAUUUUCUCAAUCAACUGAGAAACAUCUCAUAUUCUCCGAUUACAUGAUAUCCUGCUGCAGUCAUCCUCCUCUGUAAGGAUGUGAGAAAAGAUGUAGGAAAUUGGUGUAUGAAAUCAGGGUCUUUAUAUAUAUAUAUAUAUAUAUAUAUAUAUAUAUAUAUAUAUAUACCUUUUUAAGUAAUGCUCUCAGAUUUCUACUUUGAAAAUAUGUUCAUCACAUUAUUAAUAUAUUUUUGGGCUAGCCUACGUUCGGAAGCUAUCAUUAUCUUGAAAUAAUGUAUAUUUCAGGUAAUUGAUUAUUACACGAAGAAGGGCAUCGUUGCCCAGCUGCACGCUGAGAAGCCUCCCAAGGAUGUUACUGUCGAGGUUCAGAAGGCGCUCUCUUGA